GUCACUCUGUCAGCAAGCCAGUGCUCAUUAUCCUCAACCCGAAGAGCGGCAAGGGCAAGACGAUUAAGAUUUUCGAUCGAAAGGUGAAGCCGCUGCUUGACGACUGCGGCAUCAAGUAUCACGUGCUAGUCACCAAGCAUGCGAACCACGCAUCGGAGUUCAUCGAGGGCAGCCACGACCUGGCGGCGUCCUACUCGGCGGUGGUCACCGUCUCCGGCGACGGUCUCCUCUUUGAGGUGCUCAACGGCUUUGUCAGCUCCCUGGAGCGGCUCGAAGUCAAGCAGAUUCCCAUUCCCAUCACCGGUGGCGAUGGACCUGGUGCGCAUCACCACCCGCGACAAGGUCUACCUCAGCUUUCUCUCCUUUGGCUGGGGCCUGAUGGCCGACGUGGACAUCGAGUCGGAGCGGCUGCGCUGCAUCGGCGAGCCUCGCNUCUGGGCGACCCUGGCGGCGUGCCCCGCAAGUCGGCAAACCAGGUGCUCGACUGCACCUUCCACGUGAUCAAAGGCCAGCCGGUGGCGAUGGACCUGGUGCGCAUCACCACCCGCGACAAGGUCUACCUCAGCUUUCUCUCCUUUGGCUGGGGCCUGAUGGCCGACGUGGACAUCGAGUCGGAGCGGCUGCGCUGCAUCGGCGAGCCUCGCUUCGCCAUCUGGUCAAUCUACCGCAGUCUGGCGCUGAGGACCUACGGCGGGACGCUCAGUUAUCUGCCCGUAGGCGAGGCCAACCAGGGCGUGGACGUUCCGCCGCUGGACUGUCCCAUCAAGGAAGAUGGCAGCCAGCACUGGGUGGUUGAGCGGGGCGACUUUGUGCUGGUGUACGCCGCCUACCAGAGGUACCUCAACUCCUCGGUGAUGUUCGCCCCCGCCUCUACGCUCGACGACCAGACGAUCUACCUGCUGUACAUCAAGUCGGGCGUCAGCAGCUGUCAGGUGAUUCAGUUUCUGCUCGCCCUCGAGGAUGGCUCCCACGUCGGCCUGCCCUUUGUCAGCUUUGUGCCGGUGCGAGCCUUUCGUCUGGAGCCGGCCAGCGAUUCCAAUAUCAUGACCAUUGACGGGGAGCAGAUUGCCUGCUCGCCGGUGCAGGCGCAG